UCCUUCAUACCCGAUGGCGCUGCAACGGGACGAUUCCUUCUGGUCCUUCGAGGAGGAAACCGGUGGACUCCCCCUUGACAUGAAUCAAGCUACCACUGACCCAAAAUAUUCCCAGGCGAUGGAGGUCUUUUCCCCUACAGGCUUUGGCAUGGACUUACAUAGGUUCAACACGGCCGAUCAUGGCGAUGCUUCUACCACCCAUAGCAUGAUUUCAACCACGACAAUGUACCCUCGAGCUACGUCAAAUCCUUACCCUCAGACCAAUCUCAACAAAACCUUCGCUUGUGUGGAAAUGCAAUACUUUUUGAACCAUAUGCAGAAACCCAAGUGCAGCGGUGUAGAGGCGCCAGUCAUUUCAGAGGUGCGGCGUCAUCUGAAAAGAAGCCCUCAUAAGAUCUCGGAGUUGGAGCGGUGUCAUGUUUGCGACGAGGAUUUUUUGUCUCGAGCAGAAUUUCAGAAGCACGAGCAGCCACAUGGUUGGUGUCAGAAAAGAAAGUUGUCGCCUGAGAAUCAGUGGAGUCUCUUGUAUCAAAAGGUCAACCAGACUGAGGAAACGCCGCCAAGUCCAUAUAACGGGGAAUAUAUACCCCAGCAGCGUAGUCUGUCUCCCUCUCAGACGAGACUACCACCGUCAAUUACAGAGGCUAUUUUAUCCCAAGAGCGCGACACUCAAAGGCCACCCUCUCUGGGCAGCCUCGCAAUAAAUACAAGGACCACUGAAUUGGCUGAUGAGGAACCCCCAUCACAUAAUGCCAUAAUUCAGCGAGCUCGAGACCUUGUAUUCAACUUGACACAGUCGCUUCCCGAGGAGCAGCGUCGUGACACGCGGUAUCGUGUGGGAGCAGAAUUGAUGUCUGUCAUGAAUACCGCCUCAGAAAACGUUGUUCCAUAUACCCAGAACCACGUAAGUACUAAAUAUCCCUCAAAUUUAUGA